AGACAACAAAGAGCAGUGAAUACUAAUGAGUUAAGCCUGUUAAGGCAAACUGAGAUUGCUCAGGUGACGUCGCACUCAGGCUGUGCCAAGCUCCAAGAUGUUCACACUGUGUCCACGUUAGCACCGGAGCAUGGAGCUGGUGUCCGUGCUGCAUGAAUAUGAGUACGCGGCAAAGGAUGGUUGCCUCGUGUCCAUAAAGCCCGAUGAAAGCUACAUCCUGGUCUCCAGAACCAACGAGCACUGGUGGCACGUCCGCAAAGACCAGCAAUCCAAACCCUUCUACGUCCCUGCACAGUAUGUGAAGGCGCUCCCGUCACUUACUGAGGACUCUCCUGGUCCUGAUAAGCUGGAUUCACCUGAGUGUGUGACUAACAGCAAACCAGAGAACAUGGCUGAUAUAAAACGACGAGAAGCGAAAACAGAAAUUGGUGUAUCUACUCUGGAUGCUUCAAAAGAGAGUUACCGGUUCUCCACUUUUGGUUUCUGUGAGAACAUAACAGAUGUGAAGCCCUGUGAGACUUUAAAGGAGGAACAAACUACCAGCAGCUUCUCACACAAUCAGGAUACUAUACAGACACAGGAUACUAUACAGACACAGAAUUCAACAGACGGCUUUUCAUUUACGUCCGGACAUCUGAAUGUUGAAGGCCUCUAUGCAAAAUCUCAUCCAGCACCAAAGGUCAAAAACGGACAGAGAGAGUCUGAAAACUCACGGCAGGAUGGGAAAGUAGGACAGCAUCAAACUUUUAUACAGGAUGAGGAUAUGGACUUUCCUUUAGCCCCUAAUUAUCCCAUAUAUGAAACCAUUCCAGAGCUGAACAUCCCAGAAUUUCUGGAGCUGCCUGGACCUGUUGCUUCAAAUGACACGUUAAUGAUUAUGGAGCAGAAUUCAAAUCAAAAUGCAGAAGCAACUUCUUCAACAGAUGAAGAUCCCCCUGAGCAGGUGGAGAAUGAAAGUCUCAGGUCAGCCGUGUACGUCAAUGUAGCACACCUUCGCAAAAGCAUCUCCGAGUCUCCCCCCUCGGCUCCCUCGUCCUACUCUCCCUACCUCGACCCAGAGGGAUGGGAGGUGCAUGUUGACCAAGACAGUGGACAGGAGUACUUCUACCACCCUGCCACGGGGCGCACCACCUGGGACAACCCCUUUCUAGACUCCCCCACGGACCCUGAGCCGCCUUGUUCCCCCUCGCCCCCUCAGUCUCCACCCCUCUCUCCAUCCACCGCCUCCCCGCCGGCGUGGACCUCCGACUGGGAGCAGUGUGUGGAUGAGACCAGCGGUCGCCCCUACUUCUACAACCCGAUGUCCGGGGAGACGUCCUGGGAGCCUCCGGAGCAGCUGAGCCCGUACCCCCCUCUGAUGGAGCCUAUGAACGUGCACAGGUUUCACAAGGACGGGCCGCCUCCUCUACCGGAGGAGGACUACCCAUCAGAGGAAUACCCACCCGCCGAUCAACCAGAGGGAUACCUCCUUGCCGCGGGGCCUCCCACCCUCCCUAUAGAGUACCACCUCGGCCAUGUGAACCAGACCAUCCUCCCCCGGGCCAGCCUGGACCGCAGCACCCCGACGGGCUGGAACCUCAGCGUGGAUUCCAACGGGACCUGGGUGUUCACCAACGAGCACUCUCCAGAGCAGUGGAUCAAGUCUGUGGAUGAUCGGGGGCAGACCUACUACUACCUGAGAGACGGAUCCAGGUCUCAGUGGACCCUUCCUCAGGUCCCUUCAUCUCCGGGUCAGUUCAGGAUGGAGAACGGCAUCGAGGCGGACAAUCAGUCAGUCAUCAAAAACUGGAGGCACACCAUGGCACCGGGACAGCUCAGCUCGGCCCAGGAUGAAGGGAGGUUCGUACCAACUCACCGGAGGAACACGUCGGACUACAGCAGCGACAGCUCCAGCACAGGAAACUCUCCAGAGACGCAGCAUAAUGUGCAGAACUUAGAGAAAGCCGGGAUCCUCAACAAAACAAAAGUGUGUGAGAACGGCAAAAAAGUACGGAAAAACUGGGCCCAGACGUGGACGGUUCUCCACGGAGGAGUGCUGACGUUCCACAAAGACCCAAAGUCUGCAGCAAUGGGUCAGCACAAGACCAAUCAGAUUGUUCCGGAGGUCACGGUGGACCUGCGGGGAGCGACGAUUGGCUGGGCUUCAAAGGACAAGUCAAGCAAGAAGAAUGUUUUAGAGUUAAAAGGCAAGAACGGCGUGGAGUUUUUGGUACAGUACGAUACAGAAAGCAUCAUCACAGACUGGCACAAAGUCUUAAUGGACACCAUACGACAGCUGGAGUACCUGGACCAUCAUUCAGAGGAUGAGGACGGGGAUAUAUAUGAGAAGAUUGCCAUCACAGAGCGAGAUGACAAGGUGGCAGGUGGCAUAGACAAGCGAAGACCCUCCAAGCCGACUGUCACACCCUCAUCCAGCUCUGCGGGAGACUCGGACCAGAAGCGGGUUCGGACCAAGCUGAUGAAGUUCCUCAUGAAGCGGCCGACGCUGCAGUCCGUGAAGGAGAAGGGCUACAUCCGAGACAACGUGUUUGGUUGCCAUCUGGCCACACUGUGUGCACAAGAGAAGACCACAGUUCCUAGUUUUGUGGAGAAAUGUAUCAAAGCAGUGGAAAAGAGAGGUUUGGACAUUGAUGGACUCUACAGAGUGAGCGGAAACCUCGCCGUCAUCCAGAAACUACGCUUCAAAGCUGAUCACGAGGAGCUGGACCUCGAGGAUGGCCAGUGGGAGGACGUUCACGUCAUCACCGGAGCACUGAAGCUGUUUUUCCGAGAACUUCCCGAGCCGCUUUUCCCGUUCAGCCACUUUAAUAAGCUCAUCACAGCCAUCAGAAUUCCUGAUUACAAAACAAAAGUGGCUUGCAUGUGCGAGCUGGUCAGUUCACUUCCUCCCUCAAAUCAUGAUACCAUGAAACUCCUUUUUGGGCAUUUACGCAGGCUCAUUCAAUAUGGAGAGGACAAUCGCAUGACCGUGCAGAAUGUGGCGAUCGUAUUCGGCCCGACUCUGCUUCGGCCAGAGAUGGAGGCAUCCAACAUCGCCAUGCACAUGGUCUUUCAGAACCAGAUAGUAGAGCUCACCCUGAACGAAUACGAGCGGCUUUUCUUCUCCAGCUAAAGCAGUCACAAGCCUCCAGAGCAGAACCUGGGCAAACUUCUCCAUGUGCUCAAGUUAUUUUGAAGUGCUAGAUUUACCCUCCUCGCAUUCACAAAAACAGCUUCAGUGCAACAUCCGAAACAAAACUCCUCUUCAAGUUUUCUUUGCUCAGUAUAUUUGAGGUUUAAACCACGUUAAAAUGAGAUUAAAGGGAACUUCAAAUGGUCUUUCCUGAGAAUAUUUGAAGCAUGUUUAGCCACUGUUUUGUCCAGAUUUACUCCAUAGGAGGCUGUUAGAUUUAUCUUUGGCAGUAUUGUAUGAUUGAGUCAGAGCUAUCAAGCUUGUUGCUUGGGUGGAAAAAAGGAGUGUGUCAGAUUGCUCGAGCUGUCUUAAUCUCACUAGUCACUUUCUGGAGAUUUAAAUUGUUUAUUUUGUAUUUUUUUGUCUUGUUUGAAUCGCAGUGAUAAUAGAACUCAAGUCAAGCCUGGACGGAUGCAUUGAUGCUCUCCUAAAGAAACGAUCAAUGAUUGCUACCAUCUUUAUUUUAGAAAUUUUAACGACAUUUAAAUAUUGUUUCGAAUUUUAAAUUACAGUAUAUCACGUACGGCAAUAACUGAUGUUGUAUUCUAAUAUUGUGUCAUUUUUACCCAUGAAUUUUAUUGUAAUAUAGAAAUGUAUAAAAAAGAAAUAUUAAAACCAACAUCUCGCUGUGAAAUAGAUGAUGACAUAGAAUACUUGUGCAACCUUUAGAUUAUUUUCCACUGAAUAAAAAUGCCAUUUUUCUCAAUCAUGCUGUACUUGAAGAAACUGUUUAAUAACCCCAAUAGAAAUAUCAACUAAUUAUACAUUGUUUUGACAGUCAAAUCAGUCUGACCAUGAAACAGUACAGUGGAUUUUAGGAGAGAUGUAUGACCUGUAAAUAGAAAUAGACGGCAUAUUCAUGCUGAAAGUUGUUGAAAAAGCACAAGUUAUUCCACAAUAAAAAAUA